UGUGCAAAUAACUGAAAGGCGCGCCGCGGGCAGCCCUGUUCGCGCCGCCGCUGACGUGUAGGACCUCCUCUCCGGACACAGCAGCAGUAAUGGCGGACUACGACAGUUACGACGACCGGGACCGGGCCUACAGCAGCUUCGGCAGCAGAGGGCCUCGCGGCGGCGGCGGAGGGGGCGGAGCUCGGAAGCAGAAGGAGCUGCCGACAGAAGCUCCGUUCACAGCGUACGUAGGAAACCUGCCCUUCAACACGGUCCAAGGAGACAUCGACAACAUCUUCCAAGAGCUGCAGAUCAAGAGCGUCAGGCUCGUGAGGGACAAGGAGACCGACAAGUUCAAAGGGUUCUGUUAUGUGGAGUUUGAUGACUUGGAGUCGUUAAAAGAGGCGCUGAUGUACGACGGAGCGUUACUGGGCGACCGGCCGCUGAGGGUCGACAUCGCUGAGGGACGACGCGACCGAGACAGAGACCGUGGGAACUUCGGCUUCAAGAGCGACGGACGAGGAGGAGGAGGGCGUGGUGGGCGGGGCUACGGCAGCAGAGAUCGAGGAGGCGGCCGCGAGUUCAGAGACGACGGCUACGAUUCGAUGGGAGGAGGUUUCCGCAGCGGUGACGACGACUACAUGGGCGGGCGGGGUCGAGGCGGUCGCCCAGGCGACAGGAGGGGAGGGGGCGGAGGCAUGGGGCGCUACAGAGACGGACCCCCCCGCGGAGCCCCGCCCACAGACUUUAGGGAACCCUCUGAAGAGGAGCGGGCGCAGCGUCCUCGACUCCAGCUCAAACCGCGCACCGUGGCCGGGCCGCUCAACCAGGUCGCCAACCCCAACUCGGCCAUUUUCGGCGGCGCCAAACCCCGCGAGGAGACCAUCCCCAAAGACAAGCCCUAAGAACUGUCCCGGAGGCGGGCAUCGGAACACGGCGCCGACGCGGGCGACGGGCGGAUCACGACGGGCAGAAGGCAUUCCUCAGAAAGACGAUAUUUAUUCAACAGCGGCGCUCGCCAAAACGUCUUCAUGUGCAUCGGA